AUGCGCGUGCUCGUAGUGCGCUUCGCGAGGCGGGAGCGGGAAGAGCACUUGACUGUGUCGCUGGUUCUGGGCGUCAUCAUGAAGUACAUUCUUGUUUGCGGUGCUGUGAUUAGUGGUAUUGGAAAGGGUGUCGUGGCAAGCAGCGUUGGAACAAUUCUGAAGUCGUGCGGCUUGCGAGUGACUUCCAUCAAAAUAGAUCCGUACUUGAACAUCGACGCCGGAACGUUUUCACCCUAUGAACACGGUGAAGUGUUUGUUCUCGAUGAUGGUGGUGAAGUUGAUUUGGAUUUGGGCAACUAUGAGAGAUUUAUGGAUGUCAAGCUGCACAGCAAGAACAACAUUACGACUGGAAAGAUCUAUAAGCAAGUGAUUGAACGAGAGAGGAAAGGUGAUUACUUGGGAAAGACAGUCCAAGUUGUUCCACAUGUUACGGAUGCUAUCCAAGACUGGGUGAUGGAUGUGGCUCGACAGUCUGUAGACUCUGACAAGCAGCCACCAGAAGUCUGUAUUAUAGAGCUUGGUGGCACUAUUGGUGACAUUGAAGGAAUGCCAUUUAUUGAGGCUUUCAGGCAGUUUCAGUUUCGUGCAGGAAAGGAUAACUUUUGUUGUUUGUUGGUGAGUCUGGUUCCUCAGCCAGGUCCAAACGGUGUACACAAGACUAAACCCAUACAACACAGUGUUCGUGAAUUGAGAGGACAAGGACUUUCGCCUGAUUUGAUUAUUUGUCGCAGUCAAACUCGAUUUGAGCAGUCUGUUACUCAGAAGAUAUCCAACUUCUGUCACGUAGAACCUCACAAUGUCAUCAAUAUUGAAGAUUUUGCUUCAAUCUACCGUGUUCCUCUUCGUCUUCAUGAGGCAGGUAUUGUGGCUUACUUCGCGAAACGUUUGGGUCUGCCCAUUAGUAGUCCUCGAUCAAGAACAUUUUUGUCGAAAUGGAGAGAUCUAGCAAACAGAUUUGAUCGAGUUGUUGAUGAAGUGACCAUCGCUUUGGUUGGAAAAUACACACGGUUUGAGGAUGCUUACAUUUCUGUAACCAAGGCAUUAAAGCAUGCAGCUCUGUCUGUGAACCGCAAGCUUAUAGUGAAUUGGAUUGAUGCUGAGCAUUUGGAGCACAAACUGCAGGCAACAAACCCAGUGAAGUAUCAUGAUGCAUGGAAACAGCUCUGCACUGCUGAUGGUAUUCUUGUUCCUGGUGGAUUUGGAUCUCGUGGAGCAGAAGGCAAGACUUUAGCUGCAAAUCAUGCUCGCACUAGUGGCAAGCCUUAUCUUGGUGUUUGUCUUGGCUUUCAAGUGGCAGUCAUCGAUAUUGCUAGAAAUGUGCUGGGAUGGACAGAUGCUCAUUCUCUUGAGUUUGAUCCUACAACCACCCAUCCUGUGGUAAUCGAGAUGCCUGAACACAACCCAGGCGAAAUGGGAGGCACAAUGAGGCUGGGAAAGCGAAAGACUAUCUUUACUGAUAAGGACUGCAUACUAAGAAAGUUGUACAAGAACAAGGACUUUGUCGAGGAACGACACAGGCAUAGAUACGAGGUAAAUCCACUAUACAUCGAAGAAUUUAAGAAAACUGGCCUUAAAUUUGUUGGUCAAGAUUCUAAUGAUAAACAAAGAUUGGAGAUGCUGGAACUGCCAGUGGAAAUGCAUCCUUACUUCGUAGCUGUUCAGUAUCAUCCAGAAUUUCUUAGUCGGCCUCUCAUUCCAUCCCCUCCAUUUCUUGGUCUCAUUCUUGCAGCAUGUGGCAAUCUGCAGGCAUACCUUGAAAGGGGCUCCAGGUUAUCACCGCGCUUCUUCUAUGGAAGUGAGAUGUCGGAAUACAAAGAUGAUAGUAGUGAUGAGGAGGUAAAAGAAACAUUGGCUUUUGGGGCACCAGAGACUGGACAAAUGUCUCUGACUGAGAGGGUUGAAAGUGAUCAAUAAUUUAUGAAACUCAAAGUAAGCACAAAUACUGAUAAUUUAGAAAUUGGACUGUUGUAUUUUAAAGUGAUAUUGUGCAGUUGCUGUAUGUAGAGAGUAGAUAGCAUUGCAAUUACAUCACAUGUAAAAAG